AUUAGUGGCCAAAUUACAAUUAUUGUGAGGGGAGUAAAAACAGUGACCGUAGUAACCUUAGGUGGCAGUAUCCUAAUGGUCCAUGGAAGGAUUGGUAUUGAUAGGAUACGAUAUGAUUAUGAUGAUGAUAUCUCCAUUUAUACAACAACUUCAAAAAACUUAGUUUUCUUUGUUUGUUCUUUCCACUUUCACUCAGUUAUCUACUUCAUCUGUCAAACUCAACUCACUCAUAAUAAUCACACUCUUCACUUAUCCUCGAUAUGAAAAAACGUGAAGCAAUGAAAUAGCUUGUGUUUGUGUUGUUGUGACUAUUAUUAUUAAAGGAUAACAACAUUAAAUGGCUGCUACAUGUUGUAACCUCACACAUUCUUCUCUUUUCCUUAAUCACCACUUAUUCAAAAGGUGUCAUUUAGUUUCCAAAGGGUCAAAAUGUAGUAGUAUUAGUAGUGUGGAAAAAUUCUUCCAUAGGAGAUUUCAAGUUGAAAGAAGGCAUCACUACCUAAAUGUAGAAUUAUCCUCCUCUUCUUCUAGUUCCAGCUUUGAAGAUGUUGGAGAGGAAAUUCAAGAGGAUGUUUCAAUGGAAACGUUGAUUUGGAGGGCUAUCAAAUUGCCUAUUUACUCUGUUGCGUUGGUCCCUCUCACGGUAGGAAGUGCAGCAGCUUAUUUACAAACAGGCAUAUUCUCAGCUAAAUGCUAUGUUGUUCUACUGGUUUCUUCAGUUCUUGUUAUUACCUGGCUCAACUUAAGCAAUGAUGUUUAUGAUUUUGACACUGGAGUUGACAAGAACAAAAAGGAAUCAGUUGUAAACCUUGUUGGAAGCCGCACAGGAAUCUUUGUUGUUGCAUACUUAUGCCUUGCUCUUGGCUUCGCUGGGUUGACUUGGGCUGCUAUUGAGGCAGGAAACGUGCGUUCAGUGUUGUUUCUUACGUGUGCAAUUAUUUGUGGCUAUAUAUAUCAGUGUCCACCAUUUCGGUUAAGCUAUCAGGGGCUGGGAGAGCCUUUGUGUUUUGCAGCAUUUGGUCCUUUUGCUACUACUGCUUUUUAUUUAGUACACGGCAGUGCAAGUGGUGUGACAAACCAUUUCCCCUUGAGUGGAACAGUACUUUCAGCAUCAAUCCUUGUCGGCUUCACAACAUCUCUUAUCCUUUUUUGCAGUCAUUUCCAUCAGGUGGAUGGAGACAAAGAAGUUGGAAAAUUAUCGCCUUUGGUUAGACUUGGCACUGAAAAAGGUGCAGAGGUAGUGAAAGUAACAGUCUUGAUGCUCUAUGCUCUUUUGGUUGCUUUUGGUCUAAGCAAGACACUUCCUCUCACUUGUAUUUUUGUUUGUGCAUUGACAUUACCGGUCGGAAACCUGGUAGUUAGAUUUGUCGAAGAGAAUCACAGGGACAAAAACAAGAUUUUCAUGGCCAAGUACUUUUGUGUGAGGUUGCAUGCUUUGUUUGGUGCUGCAUUGGCUUUAGGGUUGAUAUUGGCUAGAAUGGUUAAUACUAGGCUAUUGCUCAGAUGAGGAUACUUUUUCUUUUUUUUUUUUGGUAAAAAGAUAUAUUAUUUGAAGUAAGGAUUUUCUUCAAGAGGAUCAAGGAUGCAACCCUAGUCCCUAUGUGGUGCAAGAGCUACAUCUUUUGGUAUAUGAACACUUCAUCUGGCUAAACAAGCUCGAAGAAACUGUUGGAUUGUAACAAAUCUAGAGUGGUUUGCUGCAUGCCUGCAUCAGCAAGCCUGCGGCUUACCGCGUCAAUCAGAAGAGGUCAGGGGAUGGUUACGCUACCUAGAGCCUAGGCUCCCCACUUUAAUUUUUCAAUUGAUAGUGCAUAGUUGAUUAAAUGAUUAGUAUCAUGGCAACAUUUGCUGAUAGGAAAUUUUUAUAAGUCCUAUUCCUAAUGAUAAGACAUGAACUAAAUUUGUGCUGUACUUUUAUAUUUUCCAAGAAACAUUACAAACUUGAAUUGAAUUGGAUUUACCA